AUGCCUUGUUCCCCCCGGGGCUCUGGAUUUGACUGCUUACGUCAAUUAUACUCUUUCCAGGCUCUCGUUGGGGUUGGUGAGCGACUAAUGCCGUUAGUGGAGUAUUCCGACGACGACGAUAGCGACGAGGCCAUCUUGCAGGAGACGCAGAGGCGGUAUCAGCACGGUCCUCGCUUAAUGGAUCCCGGGUUUCACCAGCACAACCGCACAAUUAGCCAUGCGGAUGGCUUCUAUCCUACUCAUGUCUAUCUAGAGUAUUUUGCCAAUGCGCAUCAAACGACCGAGCUGGGUUCAUUGGCGGACGCAAUAGAGUUUAACUCCCUUGUCACCACUGAUCUCGGUGCCUCGCGUCCUUUGCAUGUCAGCUUGAGCGAUACUUUAAUGAUUCCUUCAGAUGCAAAGGACCGGUUUUUGCUGCUGCUCCACCAGUGGUCGGAUAGUGUCAGCUUGGGUCCCCAGAGGAUGAGCUCCCAAGUGAGAUUUCUCGAGAACCCCACGAAAGAAAAAGUCUUUGCAGUGAUUCCUGUCGAAUCCAGUGGGAUUUCCGAGCUUAUUGUUGGUCUGAAUAAAAUAUUCGCCCGGCCGGAAUGGGACCUCCCUGUACUGCCUCCCUCAACUCCUCACUUGUCAUUCGCAGUGGGGUCUUUGGAGCCAAUCAGAGACCUACAGCAAACAUCGUUAAGAGAAGUUCAGUUCAAGACACUUUGCGUGCGCAUGGGUUCCCGUAUUCACACCUACGCAUUGGCGUGA